AUGAAAAAACGAGUUGAAAAAUCCUCCAAGGAGAAAGUGGACAAGACGGAUUCUGUGACUGACGAAGAACCACCUAAAACCGCAGAUGAUUACCAGUGUUCAGGACAUCUGGAGCAGGACUUCACAAAACUGUGUAAACUCAUGGGUGUGAAAGACAUCCCUUCUGUGAAGAUAAAGCAGUCAUCAUCCUUAGAAAGUAAAAUGACAACAUGGUCCUCUAAGCCUUGCCUCCGGAUAGAGCUGGAGAACGAAGACCAUGGCAGUGUAAAAGAAGUCAAAAUAUCUGGAUGGAAGAUGGAUGAGGUGGUGCUUCAGGUGUUGAGCAGGAUAUUGCCGUCCCUUAGUAACUUACAGUGCUUACACAUGUGGCGUGUGGGCCUGACGGAUUACACUUUCACCUCCAUGAGAAACACAGUGUCUUUGUGCUCAAAUCUCAGGAAAGUGGUUUUGGAGGGCAAUCCACUCCCUGAGCAGAGUUACCACUUACUCAUAGCAGAAGACAGCAUUCUUGCAGACUCACAUGAGCGGCCUCUUUCCGUCCGCAGCAGCUCUUCACUGGAUCGCCUCAACAAGAGUACAAAGAACCCCACCAAAAAGAAGGACAACCCUAAGAAAGAGGAGAAACCAGCAGCAGGUCAGGCAGCAAAAAAAGAGGAGCCAAAGGUGGCCAAGAAAGAUAAUAAAGUUCCCCGUAUUCAGGCUGGAAAAUUAGCAGGCAAAGACAACAAUCUGCUAGUAUCUGAACAAGAGGACACAUUUGUUUGUCAGAGAGUGGACGUGGUUGAGACAGUGAUUCCUCUAUUGGAUCCUGGAAUCGUGCACGCUGGAGGGAAAGUCAUUCAUCCGGGAAACACAUGCCUUACUUCUCUGAAUCUCUCAGGUGAUUUCAUUUCAGAAUUGAUUUAA